AUGUCGCAUCUUGGUGGGCAAGCCGCCUCUUAUUACUCCGACUACAACAAUGCGCCGCCCCAGGGACACGGUGCACCACAGAACUAUGGUCAACCUCCCCCAAGCGGUCCGCAAAACAAUGGCUAUCAACAAUCAGGCAAUUACCAAGAGAUGCAACCUCCACAACAACCUAUGGACUACCAGGACCCCAACAAGUAUUCGCAACCAGCGCCGAACUAUCAACCUCCACAAGACUCAAAGCAGGGGUUUGAGCAGACUUUCCAGAUCCAGAAACCCAAGUUCCACGACUGGUGGGCAGGUCUCUUACUGAUCGCGACGUUCCUAGGAUUUGUGGCUGUCUCCGGUCUGUCGCUCUAUCGCUACUCGAAGUACCACAAGUUCAAUGGCGGCGGCGUCUAUGGAGGAUCUAACGAUUUCUCACUCGAUACCAAUACCAUUCUGCUAUUUGUGAUCGUGCUCGGAAUAGCCUUCGUCUUCUCAGCGCUAUAUCUGAUGCUGGCAAGAAUGUUCACCAAAUUGUUCGUCUGGAUCACUGGUAUCCUUAACUGUGUCUUCGCAGUGGCUACAGCCGUCUACUAUCUGUAUCUGAAGUUGUGGGGAGCCGGCAUCGUCUUCGCCAUAUUCGCAGUCUUCGCAAUAAUCUGCUUCAUCUCGUGGAUUCCACGGAUACCUUUCGCUGUGGUCAUGCUCCAGCAGACAAUGGACGUCGCACGAAUGCCGCGAGUGCAUGUGCUCAUGAUCUCUCUGAUGGGUGGUAUUGUUGCCGCAGCGUUCGCUGCGUGGUGGUCGGUCACACUUGUAGCUAUCUAUACAGCGUACAUGCCAAGCAGCAGCGGCGUCAACAAUCCCAGCUGCAGCGAUGCCGGUUGCAGCAGCGGUAAAGUCAUCGGGCUGGUCGUAUUUGUCACCUUUGCCGGAUACUGGAUCUCGGAAUGGAUCAAGAACACAAUUCACACCAGCGUUGCCGGAGUGUAUGGUAGCUGGUACUUCUGUGCAGGGAAACCCGGUGGCAUUCCCAAAGGCAGCUCCUGGGGUGCAUUCAAGCGCGCAACCACAUAUUCGUUCGGAUCAGUCAGUCUGGGCAGUUUGUUCAUCGCACUGCUUAACAUGAUCCGCCAAGCGCUCAGCGUCCUUCGUUCUCAAGCAGGACAAGACGGCAGUUUGAUGGGCACUAUCCUUUUCUGCGUAUUGGGAUGCAUUGUAUCCUUGGUCCAAUGGGCUGUCGAAUUCAUCAACAAAUACGCUUUCUGCCACAUUGCGCUGUACGGAAAAGGGUACUUCGAAGCCGCCAAGGACACCUGGACCAUGAUCAAGAACAGGGGAAUUGAUGCUUUGGUCAACGAUUGUUUGGUCGGUCCGGUCUUGUCGAUGGGCGCGCUGUUCGUCGCUUACUUAUGCACGCUCUUCUCCUACCUCUAUCUCGAAUACACAAAACCAGCCUACAACGAGGGUAGAACCUUCACGCCGGUCAUUAUGGCGUUCUCUUUCCUGAUCGGCUUGCAGGUCUGCCAGAUCUUUACAGAACCAAUAGCCAGCGGUGUCAACACUAUCUUCGUCGCCAUGGGUUGGGAUCCCCAAGUCGCGGUGACUGAUCAUCCAGAGUUCUGGAACAAGUUGGUUCAGGUUUAUCCGCAUGUUCAGAACGUCAUACAUGCCUAG